CCUAGAAUCCCACCAGCUGGGACGCUUCGCCCUGCUCGCUUCACCCUGCGUGCUUCACCCUGCAAGCUCGCUUUCCCCCCAAUAGACUAGGGGAGCUCAGGCCUGGGUUUGUGGGCGUCCCUCAAGGCGAUCCGGGAGGGUGUACUGGACGAGUAAGAGCUGCAACAACAAGGCGAGGAAACAACUGAUGGAGAGCGAGGUAAGAGUUGGGGAGGGGGGGAGGCCUGGUCGGCCAAGCAAGGGAGCCAGGGCUCAAGAUGACCGUGGACUGCCAGGGGUUUGGGAAUCGGGAAACUCAUCGAGGUUGCAAGAGACAAGAGGAGACAUCCACACAGCUGAAUCUCGACGCAGGGGAGAUGUGACCAAGUCGAUUCGCCCGACUGCUGGGUCGAUCCUCGGCGCGAUGUCACCUCGACACCUGGCUCACCUGGCCCAACACCCUGGUUCGAUGGACCCCACGACUGCCACCCACUCCAGCCUUCGCCAAACGUCACCAGAGAGAGGGUUGCCAUCCGCACCGCCACGCGCCACACCGCAUCCAAGAGGAUGGCAAUCGGCGAUAGCACUCGCCAAUGAUAGGGGCGCAGAACCGAGGAGGAGCCGACGACUCACAAGAGCCGGAGGUGUUCGUGGCUAGCUGGCUUGCUGGUCUGCGAGUGGCCCACCCAAUUUGGACCAGGGAGACUGCCAACAACCCCUUGCGUCCCGCGUAGCCUGGCGGUCAUCAGCGGGCUCGAGUGAACGUCCAUCUUGCAGACGGCAACGCAAAUGGGUGGUCCAUUGCGG